UCCCAGCCGGCAGCAGGCCUGACUAAUCGAGAGGCCGGGGAUGCCCGGCCCCGCGGCGGGCGCGGAACUCAAGUGCCAGGGCUGCCGUUUCCAGGCCGGGCCGCGGUGUCGGCGCUCGGCGCGGUUGCCACGGUGCGGGCCCCGGGGCGGCUGCCGGCAUGGACGAGGAAGCCACGAGAGAUUUUAAUGAACGCUGUGCCCAGUGUUCGGAAGUGAACUGGGGUCUCACUGAUGGAGGCAGAUUUUACUGCAGAUCUUGCCACAAUGUUACUGAGAUAACUAGAGAAGUUGUAAACACUGAUUUUAUUACUAACACAAGAGUCCAGACAAUCUCCAAAGGUUCAAAAAAGCAGGAAAAAAAUGAUGGAGGCUGUGAAUGGUAUGUUUGUGAAGGCUUUCAGCUCGUACUCAAGAAACAAGCUGAAGCUUUAGAAGCAUUAGGAGUAUGUCCACAAAUGAAGGAUGAAGUUCUAUGUAAUUUUUGGAGGUGUUACCUUCAGAAGAGCAAACAGGCAUAUUGCAUCCAAUCAGCUGGGGAAACUGUCAAAGCAUUAUCAGUAUGUGAUAGUAGUACUGAUGUGGACAGUGACCCAGAAAGAUCUAGCAUUCUUCACUUGCUGUCCCUCUCUGAAAGUGAAGGGGAUCUACAGACUGAUAACAGCUUUGCCUCAUCAACUAGCAAGGUCUCAGAAAGCACCUCUCUGUGCUCUGGAUCGGUAGAUGGUAGCUUGUAUUUAAAGAAGAACCAAAAGGAGAAACUGAGGAUGACAAUGCCAAUGACCCUUUCAUUCUGUUACAUGGCAUUACUCUGGCUGAGAGAACCAAUGACAUUAUCUGAUCUCUUAAGGUUUGUUGUUGAAGGUCAUAUUCCAUAUUUGAAUGUUUUCCAGCAUUUUCCAGAGAAGAUGAAAUUGCGUGGACUUGAUCUUAAGAUCUUUUGUGUAGAGUCAUGGCCUGUGUAUGAAGAAGUAUACAACAAAAUGCUUGAGCUUGCAGUGUUUUUAGAGCUGCCUCGUUUUCCAGAUAUAACAGACAGCUGCUUUCUUCAUCCAGACAUGUUGUGCAUGAAGUACUUGAUGGAAGCUAAUUUACCUGAUGAAUUGCAUAAUUGGACUUGUCGAGUGGUGAAAAAGAUUGGUAUUGGAGAUACGGAUUUCCUAACUCUUGCGCCUGGAAAUAAGUCAACAAGAAAAGUGAAAUACGAUGUUCUUGCUGCAGCAAUUAUUGUAGUUGUGCUGAAAUUAUUGUUUUUAUUAAAUGAUAAGUAUGAAUGGAUACUUUCAGACUUUGCUGGAGAGAGAAAUAAAAAUAGCAAAGAAGGUGGCUUGUAUUUUGACUUCAAAAAGUGGUACAAGGUGAUAAAAUGUGCCUUGGAUGAGAAGCAAAAGAAAUUAGAUGAAGAGAGAGCCAAGUGUUUGUGGAGAUGUGAAAAGCCACUGUUUUAUUCAGCUGAGAUGAAAUCUAAAGUUCUGAAGAGAAGACAAAUGGCUGUGAACUUACAAAAUCAGUUUGGCAAGCUGUCUGGUUCCGUGCAACCUCCUGAAAAGCCAAAUCCUUCAAGUUUUCAGUUAAGUUGGUCAGAAGAAAACACAGAUGGGAGUUGUUUUCACGGGCAUAGCCUGAAGGGAAUUUUGCAAGAAAAAUGUGGUUUACUUAAACCCAUGAACCCUGGCUAUUGGCUGUGUACAGUUAAACUAUGCACUGAGAAAUCAUGUGGUCAUCUGGCUCAUUACUCCAGAGAAGAGGACUUUCCCCAGAGUUACCAUUUUGUACUAAGCUUAUUCUCCUUUCUUCUGAGGAUACAGCCCUCCUAUAUCCAUGAUGAGGUCUGUGUGAUAGAACAUAAACUUUUUAAUAAAAAACUCUAUAAAAAGCCAAAAUACAGCAGAGGCCUAAGGAAGUAAAAAGGCCUAAAUAUAACAUUAUUAAAACCAUGUAAAUUAGUUGGUUCGAUCCCAAAAUAUGAUAUUACAACUAAGGUGGAACUGAUCCUUUUGCUUGCCUUCAGAUUUUUUUGUUAAGAUUGUACUGCUGAGACCUAUUACUGUACUUUAGUUGUAGUGUCAUUUUAUCUGUAACUGAAGUCACUGGUUUCCAGCUGGGAAAGUUACCAAGGAAACUGUUUAUUGCUAUUUAUUUCCUCACUUUGCAUCAAAGCCAACAGGAAGCUAUGAAAUUACCAUGUUUUUUGGCAUAGUUAUACAUGCUUCAAGUGUACUGGACAGCACGUUGGCAUCUAAUUACAUUGUGAGACUUUGCAAUUAAGAUAUCUAUUUUUUUACCUACUGUUAUAUGACAGCAAAUAUAUUUCUAGAAAGUAAUGUUUACUUUGUUUUGAAAUAGUGUGUUAACAAAUAAAAGGAGCAGUUGGUUGA